AGGCUUCAGAAAGCAUCAAGCAUCAGCGUCGUGUGGUAGUGAAAAGUGAGUGAAUCGAGCUGAAGAAAAGAAAUCGUUGUAUCGUAUCGACGCUUCUGAAAAACAGUCGCACGUACAAUUUACGGUGCCGGUAACAACUUUUCCGCAGUAACAAAUAUUAAGUCAUUACUACAAAUCUUUAGUGUAAUCCAAAUCCAGCACGGAAAAUGGAGUGGAGUAAUGAGAUGGCACUCCAACUUAUCGACGCAUACAAAAAAUACCCUCUGUUGUGGAAUACAAAAGAUCCGUAUCACUUUUCUCGCAGCAAGAAGAUGGACGCAUGGGAAUCGAUAGGAGCAAGUUUCGGAAUGCCGGCCGUCCAUGUGAAACAAAAAAUAAGCAGCCUGUUGGGAUCCUUUCGUCGGGAGAAAGCAAAGGGUGCAAGUAGUAUUCGUACGGGAAAAGCUCGCAAAGCCGUAUACAACUCAAAGUGGUUCGCUUUCGAGCGAAUGAGCUUCCUGUUGGACAAGGACAAACCGCGGACAACAGUAGACACGAAUAAGGUGAAGGAAAACUACGACGAAGAAAGCAGCACACAACAGCCGUUACCAGACGUGGAUCCGCUCACCAAUUCAGCCAGCAUUAUGGAAUCGGAUAGCUCCUCCAACCAAUCUCCAACGACUCCAGUUCCUCCGAAGCGUCGUAGGCGUGUUUCCGAGAGGAAGGAUGAUGGCAGAUUGGAGAAGGCAUUUCAAAUUUUAAACACAUCACUCCCGUGGGAGCAGCCGGACGAAUGCGACACAUACGGUAAACAUGUGGCAAACAAAUUGCGGAGUUACAGCAAUCGCACGCGUGUUCGAGUGGAGCACGCGAUUAAUAACAUUUUGUUCGAGGCGGAUAUGGGAAACUAUGAGGCUGCUGCAUAGACGAUAAUUCCGCAGUACUUACAAUUACUUUAGGAAUCACGAAUUGGCAGCUAACCACGCAUCCUUCUUUUAUGCGGACGCGUGGUUAGUUGAAAACUUAUACUUUUAUCAUAAAUAUUGUUAUUUUACUGAUUGUAAAUAUUGUAUAUACAGUUUUUUAUUUUAUAUUUAAUAAACGAAGCCCCCGUUUGUAUAGAAUCAAUUAAUAAAUGAAUAUUUUUAAAUAUGCAUACUUUGUAUGUUCUUUCAAAACUUCAAUAACAUAAUACAAGGAAUAAGAAAGGAUAUUUCGAAAUUCAACCCCUAAAGGGGUAAAAAGGGGUUGCAAUGUUUAUAUAAGGA